AUGAUCGCGCGCGCCAUCGCGAACCGCGCACAGUGCACCUUCCUAAACAUUUCUUCCUCCUCGCUGAUGUCGAAGUGGGUGGGGGACGGCGAGAAGCUCGUACGCUGUCUCUUUGCCGUGGCCAUCGUCAAACAGCCAAGCGUCAUUUUUAUUGACGAAAUUGACUCCCUUUUGUCGAUGCGUGGCGAGGGUGAGAUGGACGCCGUGCGGCGCGUCAAGACGGAGUUUUUGGUUCAUCUCGACGGUGUCGCCACGAACAGCGGCGACCGCGUCCUGCUGAUCGGCGCGACGAACCGCCCCGACGAGCUCGAUGAGGCCGCGCGCCGACGGUUGGAAAAGAGGCUCUACAUCCCUCUUCCUGACCUCACUGCGCGGCAGCAGCUCAUCGAACGGCUUCUCGCCACGCUACGCUCAAAAGAACCAAACUCUACGGCAGAGAACCCCCCAAUCGGUGGUAAUAACGAGGCACAUUGCCUGUCCACUAAUGAUUUUGUGCGCGUGGCGGAGAUGACGGCGGGCUACUCCGGUGCUGACCUCCGGCUGCUCUGCCGAGAGGCGGCGAUGGGUCCGCUGCGGGAAAUGACAUCGCACGAGCUGAGCGAAAUCACUCAAAAGGACCUUCGACUUGUCAACGCGUCUGACUUUAAGCAAGCUUUAAGACGGAUCAAGCCAAGUGUAGGGCCGUCCGAGGUGCGACGGUAUACAGAAUGGAAUCAGCAGUACGGCUCCUUCGUAUUAGAUGCAGUUGACGAGAAAGACUACAGCAAGGACAACACCCUCUCCUAG